GCUCACUCUGUGACACUAAAGAUGGAGUCACCAAGCAGAGAGGAGGAAACAUAUGUGCUGGUGGAAUAUGCCUUUGAAUAUACCUCCAAGGAUGGCCAACUCAUCGCAAUCAAACCCAAUGAGAGAUACAUACUUUUAAGGCGAACCAACGACCACUGGUGGCAUGUUAGGAAGAGCAAAAACUCUAGGCCUUUUUACAUCCCAGCUAAGUAUGUUAGAGAGUUGAGCACUUUCAUGCCUUCUGAGAGGCCAUGUCACACAACACAGCUGGAGGCUAUCAAUUUAGGGACCUCUGUUGGAGUUGGCAGUGAUCAAUUGCCAGAGUAUGAAUAUCGAUUUGUGACAGCAGUUCAAGAAUGCAAAACAGAUACCUCACAGCAGGAUUCCAGCUCCUUAGGGGUGGGAACAAUGAUGUCUCUGGAAGAUAAUGGGAAGAAUCUACCCACUUCUGGAGCAGCAACAGGCACACAGCCCUCUCUCAGUGCCUCAUACAGUUCUUUUAAGCCACUUUACCUGACAGACUCUAAUCAUCCUCUGGCCUGUCAAGGUGGUUCUGCUGAGCACAUGAGGCCUGCUGUAUCUCUGAACGACUUGCCAAGAUUCACACUUCCCACCCAGGCAGGUUUGGGGAACUCAGGAUUGUACAAAGCUGCUUCGUGGGCUCAUCCUCACCCAUUUCUGAAGAACAGUACUGAAAACAUCUGUAAAUUGGUGAAAGACCAAGUGAUACAAAACAUGCAGGAAUGCUGCGCCAAAGAGUUGCUUGAAGAUGUGGCCACAGAUCCAGUAUAUGUGAACAUACAAGAACUUCAGUUGGAGCACAGUACUACCACUGUCAACGAUUCCCCAUUCCAGUUGUGUCUCAGCAACACUUUAAACAACUGGGAAAUUCACACCGACACUGAAAGUGGUCAUUUCUUCUAUUACAAUUCUGUGACUGGUCAGACAACUUGGGAGUCUCCCUUUGGGGCUUCCUUGAAUAGUGUGAGUCUUUCCCACUCUCACUGUCCCAGCCCUGACUCAUCUGCUGAAUGGAACCAAUAUGUAGAUGAGAAUAGUGGGCAAAUAUUUUUCUAUAACGCAGCAACCGGUGAGACUUCGUGGGAGGCACCCCAAGAAAUUUUCAAUCCUCCAGAGAUGCGGCCUUCAUUUACUAGGAGAUCUCCGGAUCGGAGACCACCAACUCCAGAAACUGACUAUCCAAAACUUUCUCCUCGUGAACUUUCUCCAGAGGAAGGUUAUUCUCCAGAUGGAUCCUACAAGCAAUUUGACUAUGCUGGUAUUCCUUCAGCAGACCAGGGUUGUGCUUCCCCUGGCACCCCAGAAACAUCGUUUGAUGUCCCAGAUAUGCUGAAAUCUCUUGAGAAAGCUGGGAUGUUGUAUCGGACAAGAACUGCUGAUAAAGGGAAACGCCUGAGGAAGAACUGGGCCUGUGUAUGGACAGUCUUGGAAGGUGGUGCCUUAAUAUUUUUCAAGGAUUCCAAGCAUUCAUCUUCCAGCAGUGCAAAGUAUCCCUCUGUGUUAAGUAGCCCAGAGUUUAGAGUCAAUCUUCAUGGAGCAUCUCUUUCCUGGGCCCACAAAGACAGGUCAAGUAGAAAGAAUGUCUUGGAGCUGAAGACACGGGAUGGCUCAGAGUAUUUGAUCCAACAUGAUUUGGACUCCAUUGCCAGCAUGUGGCACAAUGCAAUUAGUAAUAGAAUUGGCAAACUGGGUAUAGAUUUCCCUUUGGAAGAGGAGGAUGAUAAUUUAGCAACUGUAAAACUCAAGGAACAAACAGGAGGAAACAAAGAGAAAGAAAGUGAAAAAAAGCAUCCAGCUUUCUGGCACUGUCACAGUCGUGACAGUGAUUCCAACAAAAUCCGCAAUGUGCUCAGGAAAUUUCUGCUGAAGCGUCCAUCACUACAGUACCUGAGAGACCGAGGCUACAUUAAAGAUCAGGUAUUUGGAUGUGCUCUUCAAGUUCUCUGUGAUCGUGAAAAGAGUACAGUGCCUAACUUCGUCAGCCAGUGCAUCACCACUGUGGAGAAAAGAGGUUUGGAUAUUGAUGGACUUUAUCGGAUAAGCGGUAACCUGUCUACAAUACAAAAUUUGCGCUUCAAAGUUGACCAUGAUGAGCAUCUGGAUCUUGAUAGUGGCCACUGGGAUGAUGUUCAUGUCAUCACUGGGGCACUUAAACUCUUCUUCCGAGAACUGCCUGAACCGCUCUUCCCCUUCAGUUAUUUUGACAGAUUUAUUGCUGCUGCUAAAAUUAGAGACUCCGCAAAGCGAAGGCAACUCUUGCGAGAGAUUGUGUAUUCCCUACCUCCUGCUAAUUUCAAUACCUCGAGGGUUCUCUUCCAGCAUCUUUCCAGGGUUGUAGAGUUCCGGGAGAAGAACCGCAUGUCUCUGCAGAGUAUUGCGAUUGUUUUUGGGCCAACAUUAUUGAGGCCACAGGAUGAAGAAGGAAAUAUAGCAAUGUAUAUGUUUUUCCAGAAUCAGAUUAUGGAGCAGAUCCUUAGUCAGACGAGUUACAUAUUCCCAGAAAGCUAGACAUAGCACUGUAUAACGGAGUGGCUUCAAUGUGAGAACAACUCCUCCUACUGUAAGGAAAGAAGUGUCAUUGGCUAGAGCCACAGAUAGGGACAAUGAAGCUGGGAGAGAAACAUUUGGCAAGCAAGCAAAUCAUCUCUGCUGGAUUCAAAAAGUUUGUUUUUGUAGGUUGGAAACAUGGGUGAGUAAACCCUGUUGGACAAGUAAUGGGCUAAUUGCCUGGCAUGGCAUUCUGCAUCAGUGAUUUUCAACAUUUUCGUUGAUUACAUUAUUUGGUAUGGGGAAAGUGUGGGGAAAGGGGAGGCUUUGUGAGUGAAUCUAAAGAUUUAUUAGUAAUUAUUUUUCAAGCAAUAACGCUUGUUCUGAAGGAGUUGAGGGAAGUAGUUAACAAUUAAUAUAUUUUUAAUCUUCAGGAGACUUUCUUUAAUGAAGUAUUGUUGAAAAUGUGAGAUAGGCUUGAAGAAAGUCAGAUUUUCAUUUAGUUAACAUUGAUUACUCUGACCCCACCUUAUUGACUGCAAGACAUAAAAUGUCACAGUACUAAUAUAUGAUCACAGUAUUAGCAUUGUAAUUCAGGAUACAGAUUUGUUAUAUUAUUUUCUGUAUAUCAGUUGCGUAUUCCAAUAUAUUUGUCAAUUAUCUGAGGUAAGAUAACUUGCACUUUGAGAUGAAUA